CACGCCAAGACCAUGCAUUAACAGUAACAGCAGCCACUGCGGUCUUCCUCCAGCACCAUGCACGCUGCGGGCAUCACAGGAGCCGCUGCGGACGCCGCUGCGGACGGUGGAGGCAGCAGCAUGAGCAGCAUCAGCAGCAGCAUCAGCAGCAUCAUCAACAGAGGCAGCAGCAGCAGAGGCAGCAGCAGCAGCAGCAGCAAGGCAGCCGGCAGAGACAGGGAGGAGGAGAGGACCGACAGGACGGUGCCCUGCAGCCAGCAGGACAGGACCAGCAGCCACCAGCAGCGGCCAGCGUUCUCACCGUCCGGGGUGCUCGAUAAACUGUUUGGGAAGCGACUUCUUCUUGCCCGACACUACAUCAUGUCUCGCAAGUCCUGGUUGAAGAUGGUUCCCACGGAAAACUGUGACAUCCUGAUGACAUUCCCGGAUACAAUAGAUGACCACACUCUGCUGUGGCUCUUGAAUCAGAUUCGUCUGGGAAUCCCUCAAAUCAGCAUCCAGGUCCGCCAGCAUAGCCACACCCAGGCGUACGCCUUCUUCAUCACCACGGCCUUUGAGAAUUUGCUGCGAGGAGCCGAGCAGAUGGGCAUGCACAAGACUGUUAAACCUCAGUUUGGUGGAGGGAUGCGGCGCUUCUCCUGUGAGGAGGACAACAUCUAUGAGAACAUCGAGAGCGAGCUCUGCUUCUUUACCUCCCAGGAGCGUCAGAGCAUCAUUAAGUAUUGGCUGGACAACCUGCGGGCCAAGCAGGGGGAAGUGCUUCACAACAUCCACUUCCUGGAGGGCCAGCCAAUCAUUCCAGAGCUGGUCGCCCGCGGGGUGAUCCAUCAGAUGUUCCCUCUUCACGAGCAGAGGAUUCUCAACCAGCUGAUGACAUCGUGGGUCCAGGCUGUGUGCGAAAGGCAGCCCCUUGAUGACAUCUGCGACUACUUUGGAGUGAAGAUUGGGAUGUACUUCGCCUGGCUGGGUUUCUACACCAACUCCAUGCUCUACCCCGCUGCCAUCGGCUUCCUGCUCUGGAUACUGGCGGAGGCUGACCAGACGAGUCAGGACAUCUGCUGCGUGGUUUUUGCCCUCUUCAACGUUGUGUGGGCAACAUUGUUUCUGGAGCGCUGGAAGCGGCGAGAGGCAGAGCUGGCCUACAGGUGGGGAACCCUGGAUAUUCCUGCCGAGUCCUUGGAGGAGCCCCGGCCUCAGUUCAGGGGGGUGAAGCGCUGCAGUCCCAUAACGGGCUGUGAGGAGUUCUACUACCCUCCCUGGAAGAGGACUCUGUUCAGAUGGCUCGUCAGUCUGCCCGUCUGCCUCCUCUGCCUCUGUUUCGUCUUCGUCGCGAUGCUCCUCUGCCUAGAACUGCAGGAAGUGGUGAUGGAGAUUCAAGAGCUACCUGGUGUCACGAGAUUCAUCCCUAAAAUACUUCUGGCCAUUACUGUAACCGUGUGUGACGAAGUGUAUAAGAAGAUCGCCUACUGGCUCAACGACAUGGAGAAUUACAGACUCAAGAGUGCCUAUGAAAACAAUCUCAUCAUAAAGAUGGUUUUUUUUGAAUUCAUCAAUUCAUAUCUUAGCCUUUUCUACAUUGGAUUCUACCUCAAGGAUAUGGAGCGACUGAAGGAGAUGUUAGCUACUUUGCUGAUUUUUCGCCAGUUCCUGCAGAACAUCAAGGAAGUCCUGCAGCCGUAUCUGUAUGAGCAGAACAAGCUGGGUGUCUUCACCCCGAAGGUGCUGUGGGAGCUGCUCCACGCCAUCAUGCUCAAGUACGGCCGCCUGGCUCUGGGGAAGGCCCAGGCCUCCAUGACGUCCUACCUGUUCCUGGGGGGCAGAGGAAUCCCGGUCGGCCACGUCCCCGGCUGUAACCCCGAGCCGAGGAGGAGAGGCGACCUGAAAGCUGGUUUCAGGCUGACGGAGGAGGAGUGGGACCUGAACGACAGCGCCAUGAAGCAGCGGAAAGUCAGCUUCACAGAGAAGGUGGACUACCAGGACGUCAGCGCGGACACGCAGCCAGCAGACGACAGUUUCCUGGAGGACAGUCCAACGCUGGUGCAGGAAGGGAUGGAUCCAUCCAGUAUUUUUGACAGUUGUGACGAGGACAGUGACUGUGAAUCGCUUGCUCAAUUGUUACCACAGGACACCAAGGAGAACGCCAGUGUGCCCCCACCGAAGGAAUCCGACUCCGUCUGUCAGAAAAGGAAGAUCCCGGGCGAAGGGAAACAUGAUAAGAGAUCAUGGAUCGACCCCCCGGAAGAACUCAAAACCUUCACCCUCACGCAGGCUGAGAUUGAGAGCUGCAUGCAGACGUAUGAGGGCACGCUGCUGGACUACCAGGAGAUGUUCAUCCAGUUCGGAUACGUGGUCCUGUUCUCGUCCGCCUUUCCCCUGGCGGCCAUGUGUGCUCUCAUCAACAACAUCAUUGAGAUCCGCAGCGACGCCCUGAAGCUCUGCACCGGCUUGCAGAGGCCGUUCGGGCAGAGGGUGGAGAACAUUGGGCAGUGGCAGACUGCGAUGGAGGCCAUGGGCUUGAUAGCCAUCAUAGUUAACUGUUACUUGAUUGGUCAGUGUGGGCAGCUGCAGCGGCUGUUCCCCUGGCUGAGCCCCGAAAUGACCAUCAUCUCAAUCGUCCUACUGGAGCACUUUGCAAUCCUCCUAAAGUACAUCCUCCAUGUUGCCAUCCCUGAUAUCCCUGGCUGGGUAGCAGACGAGAUGGCCAAGCUAGAGUACCGACGAAGGGAAGCUUUCAAGAAGCACGAGCUGCAGGCCCAGCAGCACUUCCAGCAGCAGCUCAGGCGCCGGCGGGAGGAAGAGGAGCUCCACCGCCAGGCCGAGCUGCAGGCUGAGGCCCGUCAGGACAGCGACGGUCACAAAGCGGACCAGCACCAGCACCACCACGACAAAGCACAGGGGAGCAAGGCGGGGGACAAGCCCAAGAGACCCAGCUCUCUUCUGGGGAACAACAACGUGAUGAAGCUCAAGCAGAUCAUCCCCCUGCAGGGGAAGUUCUCCUCCAGUUCCUCGCGCUCACCGGCCCAGUCCCCGACCGGAGGAGAGGCCAAGCUCCCUGGAUUUCUGAAGUUCUUGAAGUCCCCUGAGGUCAAGAAAGAGCCAGCGGUUGCAGUUGGAGCCACACCAGGGUCCACGGGGGCGUCUACAGCUCCCCCUGGUGGCCACGAGAGGUCACAAUCUCCCAACAGGACAUUCAGUCCAGGGAAGCUCUUCAGUUUCAGCAAGUCGGAGGGAACUGUGGUGUGUGCAAAUGGCACACAGCAACUGUCCCAGGCUGCUGGCGCCCAGCCCGGCAGGGCUGAUCCAAACACCACCGCAGAGGAAUUACCCUCUUCUGAGUCAGACAGAGAAACGAGGCAACUAACUGAAUCAGAAAACACAAAGACUUCAUAAAUGCUAAAUUACACUGACGUAGUUAUCUAAAUAAAGACAAUGUACAAAUGUUCAAAGUAUAUAGGCACGUCUAGCGGCACUGAUGUCAACAAGUGUUAAACUCUCACUCUCGAUGCAACUUCCUUCUCCGAAAGCAUUACACCAUCUAUUAAGACUUGAUAAUCCAACCUGCACACAAGUGCGGUGAGUGUACAUCUUCCAGUGGGACAAUGGUAGCCUUUCUUUAAGGUUACAAUUCUGCAUGACUGCCUUGUUUGCAACAGCACCGGGACAAAUGUUGAUGCGACGGAUCAUUGUUCCAAAGUCGGGACCCGUUCUCCAAUAAUCAAUAAUCCCUUUCGUCGAGGGCCAUAAACAGCAGCUUCCCAUUCCAGGUUUGUUUCUCGUUUUGGUGCCAAUAAUGAAUGCAUGUUGUCAUGUGCAUGCAUGACAUGUCCGUUAUCUUUUCAGUUGUCAAGCACUUUACAAGCCAUUGUAUUCUUCUGCAAUAGGUCAGAUUUAUUCACUGUGACCAUAAAAAAUAUUCUAUUUUUCCUAACGUUAAUUUUCUAUAAAUUAUUUUACUACAUCAAUUAGUGAAUGAAACUCUAUGAAGCAAAUAAAGCCUCGCCUGAGCCUAUGGCCAUCAAGCACAGAGUAGAGGAUGAGUAAACGUUACUGUUGGAGACCAUGCUGAUGAGUUCAUUUGUCUUCUGGAUACAAGACGCACACAAAGGAACCCUUUUAAAGGAAAUGACCACACCCACCAGAGACUCACUGCUGUCAAGGGUCCAAUUCUCUGGAGACAACUUUCAACUGGUCUAAUCCACACCUGCUUGCAUGUAGAAAAACAAGGGGGAAACAGAGAAUUAUGUUGAAUUUUACCCAGAGAUGUGACCGUUUGCCAAGUCAAAGGCUUUACUGUAACACUUACUGUAAUAUACACACACAAGUAAAGAUCUUUAAAUGGCAAAAGAUUUAUACAAUAAAUUCAAAGCAAACAAACACAUUCCAAACAGAGUCAUGUGUCAAAGGUAGAAAUCAAACUUUUCUUUGAAGAGCUGGGAAAAAUAAAAAUAGCUCAGUUUUACUUGAGAAACUUACACUGAGUUUACACUCCUGCAUAAACAGCUCAAGUAAACACAACCUUGAAAAGCAGCCGUUAACAACUGAGCAUGAACUGUCUGGUCUUUUAACUGUUCAUUUUUUUCCGCAUCCUCUGCACAUAUACCGCAGUUCUGACCAAACGUGGGCCGAUUCUUCCGGGACAGCGGAAAAUUUGUCUGAACAACUUGAAAAAAUGUGGCCGUCGUGAGAAGUGAAAGCCCUGCAAACUUCCAGGACAAAUACUGUGCAUUCUAAAAGUGAGCUCGACACUCAACAUGCAGUAAACGCAUGGUAUACAUGGCCAUCUAUUUUAAGUAUGUUAGUCAAAAAUAUUUAUCCUUCUGAAAUUACUCAAAUUAACCUCCUAUGUAAGAAAAUGUGACUGGCAAAACUUCUCAAGCAGCCUACAUAUUAGCCUUGCUAACAUAUGACUUCACACGCAUCUAGACUUCAAAUAUUCCUUGAAAUAAUGUGUACUUUGUUAGUAUAAAAAAAAUACAAGAACGGCUUAUGGAGUUUCAAAAUAAUGAGCAUUAAACCAUUCAGCCAUCAAUGUACUUUUGCAUUACUUCCAAGUACUUUUGUACUUUUGCAUUACUUAGUAUGAUUAUGUACCUUUGACUCAAGAAUGGUUGAUUUCUGUCUUUAAAUAAAAAGGUACAACAGACUUGAUUCCAUUUAAGGCAAUAAACCAUUAUUCAUCAUGAAUAAAACAAAGCAUUUCCUUAAGCAACCUUAUCUUUUAUGUGGCACAGCCCUUGAUGAAGUCCUGCAUCAUAACUCGGUUUCUACCCCGAACAGAACUAUGUUUUUCCUAGUUCACCAGUAUAAUGCCAGCACUCACAUAAAAUGAAACCAAAAUAACAUUUUAAAAAGAACAACUCUUACUAUAUGUGAUCCAAAACUGAAAAAACCUCAUAAGAUUAAGAGAAAAACUUAAGAUGGCAUGCUACAAAACAUGCAUUAUUUCAAACACUGUGUAAUAACAAUGCAGUGUAAACUCUUAACUGGCAGUAGAUGAGUAAUUACUUCACACCCGCAUUUCAGGAAUUAAAAAAAAAAAAAAAGUUGUGAGCAUACGUGAAUAUAACCAAAUGAAUCAUAAACUGAGGAGGUAGAUUUAGAGCAUUUUCAACACUUCAACUCUAGAUGGUGGCGGUUUAUAGGAAAAAAAAAAAAUUAUGUUUCAUGAAAGCUGUUUUGGUUUGAGAAGAAAUCUGAUGUUUACUGUUUACUAUUGUGACAGCUGUGGUCUGAAAUAUCCUGAAUCCUGUGCUCCAUCGUCACAGCGCAGGUUUGCAUCCCUGUCUGUGUUUUGUUCGAGGAUAUCAGUCUCUAGUUGGAAAGCGUCAACAGUCAACGAAGUUAUGAAUCCUCAUUCCGCUCCCGACUGUCUGUUCUGGCAAUCUUUCGUGGAGGCGCCGUGUUUUCCCCUUCUGGUUCCUGUUCUCGCUUUUUUCCUGCAUUCUGGUAAAAUCAGAGAAAUACUUUUAAAAGACAGAAAGUCACAAUGCAUCGACCACAUCUACUGUAAAACACUGCACAAUUAGCACCUGCUUUUCACUGGAUUAUGUCACUAGUCUUUUCAAGCCAUUACCUUUUUAUCCCACUGUUGAUGUAGAUACCGCAGCAGGAUGUUUGUCUUUUCUGUGACAAUAACUAAAAGGGGGGAAAAAAAAGAAAGUCGCUGAUUGUACCGUGAGAGACAUACAAAUAAAGGUGCACAAAUGUGAGAAAGCUGCUGAAGAAAGCUUUUCUCCUGAUGAGUAAGAUCACAGUAAACUGAAAGUGGGUUCACGUAGGAACUUGUACUCACUCUGUUCUGAUGGAUAGUCUCGUGUGGGAAGAUACACAGACG